AUGGCCACCAUCCCCCUUGGCUUCAACAUCGAUGCCCCGCGCUGGGACCAGAGCACCUUCAUGGGGCGCCUGAAGCAUUUCCUCAACAUCACCGACCCGCGGACGGUGCUGGUGCCGGAGGAGGAGCUGGACCGGGCCAAGGCCCUGGUGGAAGGCUGCAGGGCCGGGCUGGUGCCGCCGGGAAGCAGCGAGGAGCAGCUGCUCUACGCCAAGAAGCUAUACGACUCGGCCUUCCACCCCGACAGCGGUGAGAAGAUGAACCUCAUCGGGAGGAUGUCCUUCCAGGUGCCAGGGGGCAUGGCCCUCACCGGCUGCAUGCUCCAGUUCUACCGGACAGUGCCUGCCGUGGUUUUCUGGCAGUGGGUGAACCAGUCCUUCAACGCCAUCGUCAACUACACCAACCGCAAUGCUGCCUCCCCCAUCUCACUGAGGCAAAUGGGGGUGGCUUACGUCACGGCCACCAGUACAGCCCUGGCCACUGCAGUGGGACUCAACCUCUACACCAAGCGAGCCCCCCCCUUGCUGGCCCGCUGGGUCCCCUUUGCAGCUGUGGCUGCUGCCAACUGUGUCAAUAUCCCCAUGAUGCGGCAACAGGAGAUCAUCAAUGGGGUGAUAGUGACAGACGGGGACAACAACGAGCUCGGCCACUCCAGGAGGGCGGCGGCGAAGGGCAUCGCGCAGGUUGUGGUUUCCAGGAUCACCAUGGCGGCACCAGGCAUGAUCAUUUUGCCCAUCAUCAUGGAGCGGCUGGAGAAAUUCCCCUUCAUGCAGCGGAUCCGAGUUCUCCACGGGCCUCUGCAGGUGCUGCUGUGCGGGGGCUUCCUCUUGUUCAUGGUGCCGGCAGCCUGCGCCCUGUUCCCGCAGAGAUGCUCCCUUGCGGUGGCUGACCUCGAGCCAGAGCUGCGUGACAGCAUCAUGGCCAAGCACGGGGACAAAGUGCUGUACGUCUAUUUUAACAAGGGACUGUGAACAGAGACUACCUCGGGAGCCAUCGCACGCCUCCGGCCCCUUGCCACCACCAGCCCACCAUCCCCUGAGCAGGGCUCAGAGGCAUGGUCCAGCCAGAUCUGCCCCCCAGCCCAG